UACUUUAAAUGUUUUGUUUGUGCGGAAAAAAAAUAAAGUUGAAGAAUAUCGCAGAAAUCGCGCUUAAAAAUUAAUAAAAAAUAUUAACACACGAUUGAUGAAAUUAAAAUAAAUAAAAAGUAAACAAUAUGUCUAGCAUCUUAAGACCAAAAUUAAAUAGAAUACCUGGUGGCGGCAUGCCUUUGGCUAAAAAGGAGUCGUACGUCAAAGAUCUCACCAAAUUGACACAGUUGGAAUUAAGGGAAAUCAAGGAACGGGAAGAGAAAUUAUUACAAAAUAAAUCAAAAUUGCAAAAAUUACCAGAUAAAGGCAAACGUAUACAAGAUUUCUACGAUAAGCUGCUGCAAGAGCUGGAAAGACGCUCAAAUGUAGAUGAAGCUGCCGAAAUCUUUUCCAACUUAAAUAUAGCCUCUCAGGGCGAGAAAGUGUUAAACGAAAUGGAGUGGCAGGGAAAUUUGAAACAAGAAAAUCUAAAUCCUUUGGACGAUGUUUUAGAUAGUGAUGAUGAAACUGAAAUGGAUCCCUUAAAGAUAAUAGCUCAAAGACAAAUGCAUGAAAGAAAAGUAAAAGUUAAACCACCCGAAGUUAAGUUAAUAACUGAAGAAGACCUUAAAGAAAUAGAAUCUUUUAAGGCAGAUUCUCCAGAUUCUGGUGUAAAUACCGAAUCUAACGGGGGAGAGGCUCAGGGAGAACAGGCCAUAGAAGCUGAAAUCGUGGCCAUAGAUAUUAAGGAAAAAUUAGAUAACAUUAAGCCCAAAUUACAAACUCUAAACAGUAGCAUAAAUUCUCUUAAUGGAGAGUCCAGGAGUAGUAGUGUGUGCUCGCACACUUUAGAUUUGGAGCCUCAUGUUCAUUAUUUGGUAGAUAAGACUGAAACGCAUGUACAACCACCUAUCAGGGAAAAGUUUAAACCUUACCGCACCACCGUCUCUAAUGUUCAUGAUCCUGAAAAAGAAAGACAACGUAAGCAAGGUAAAAAUUGGGAAGUUACAGCAGCAACUCCACCUCCGAUACAGCAUAAUGGUACUCAACUUCUCAAUUUAAUGGAUUCCGUUGAAAUUCAAGCACAAUAUUUAAUUAAAUUAAAGGAACUCCAAGAAAAACAGGCCGCUGAACGUUUGGCGGCUAAACUUAAACGUUUAGAAGAUCGUAAACUUCAAUUACCCUCUGAGGAGGAAUUAAAAACAAAACCAUCAUUUACCAAAUAUCGUGAACCCAAGUCACAAACACAUAAUAUUGAAGGUGAACAAAAAUUCAAUGAAGAUGACGAAGUUCAUGAUCCUCUAGACGAGGAAAAGUCUGGCGGUGUAAACUAUACCGUAUACGAGUAAAACAACAGAUAUUUUGGCCUCUUCAAUAAUAUAUUAAAUUUUGUUAUCAAUUUUAAAGCAAUGAAAAAAGAAGAGAUUGCAAUUUUACAACAUUACACUGCAACUUGAUUUAGGAACCUCUCAGAAAUUCACUUGGUAGACUUAAUACAACACCUGUUUAUACCAAACGAUCUUCUUUUAAAGAAACUGACCAGUGUUAAGGCGCUAAUAAAAGACAAAACCUGUUGCUGCUGCUCACAUAAAAACCAUCUUGAGGAAAUGUCAUCUUGAUAUAAAAAUUUUCAAAAUCAAUUUCAAAUAAAUUAAAUACCUCAUCAAGACAAGUGAAGAGAAAAUCAAGC